UUUCGGGAUUUUGUGUGCCCGUAUUCUCGACCAAUAAACCACUUUUGUAGCACAAUUUGGGAGUAAAAAACAUUUUCGGCAAUCAUUUACAAAAUCAACGAGUGCAAGAAAAUCUCCAGUGAUUUCUUUAACAAAAAGAACCAAUUCCGAACCAACAAAAAUCCAACAUCGUAAUCAUCAAGAAGAGGAGUACAACGAGGGGCCAGGAAAUACAUAUAAACGUACAUAUUUAUGUGCAUGUGUGUGCGUGCGGGCGUGUAGUAGUAUUUUUCUUUUCUGUUUUCGCUGUACGUGACGUGCGGAUUGAUUCAUAUUAUUCAUUACGUGAGCCUACUGCAAUUGCACCAACGAAACUUGACCCGUUAGCCCCCAGAAGGCCGACUAUGAAUUUGGCCGUAUUUUUGUUGCAUGUUCGAGUGGGCAAAUAGAUGCCGCUUGCAAUGUAGAGCUGCUGAUGGCCCCUUCAAAACGGGGGCCGCGGCCAAUGCGAUGCAAUAAGAGCGAAUUCAACAGAUCAGACAAAAAAAGAAACAGGGAACGCGAACGAACGAAAAAAAGGAGAAAAAAACAACAAAAACUAAAGUCAGUGGACUUACAAUUACGCCGCAAUUGAAAGGAAAAGCUUAAAAGAAGAAGCAACAUAUACGUCAAAUACUAAUACCAUUGCACAUCGGUCAUCAUCAUCGCCUGACUGUGUGUGUGUUGUUGUGUGUGUUUGCUCGAAAUUCUGGUGGACAACAACAACAAACAAGAAAACUAAUACCGAGAAGAACAACACCUUCCAAUCUGAUCAAGAAUCGACAAUUGAUACGUAGAAUUAUGAAUGUAGAGAGCCAACUGAAGACACCGCUAACGCACAUACGCAAUCUGGUCAAACACGUGAACAAGCGAAAUUUUAAUGAAACCUGCGAGCAUAUAAAGCAGUUCGUUAAAGAGCACGGCCUGGAAGCGGAUCGCAGCAGUCUGCGUCACCUGUUUUCCGUGAUCAACUUCAGCGACGCCUCACCGCCAACGGUUACCGUUCAGCUGCAGGCCAAGCUAUUGGGAGCCCAGUUGCAGCGUCAGUUGCAGAGCUCAUCGUUUGUCUCCAACAUCUGCUUCGCUUUCGAUCAGUACUUUGUUAUUAAUCAGAAGUCUUUGAAGCCGGCAGCUGUUGCGGAUCUCGUUAGCCACGUGUCGCGUCUGACCGGCAUCAACAAGCUCUGUGAGUGCAUCUUUGCGUUGGCUGUGACCCAUUCUUCGCAUCCGGAGCUUAGGAAGUCCGCGAAAAACAACUUGGAAGUCUCCCUUCCCGAGCUAAUCAACUCCUAUUUGGGAAACAACAAUAGCAGUGCAGCGACCAGUGGCCUUCAAGAGAUCUCGUUCGAUUUACUGCAGUAUCUGCUGUGCUGUCUCAGCGAUUACGUGAAACCGCAACUGGAACAAGAGUUUCUGGUUAAGUUACGCGAGGAAUUUCCGCGCCAAGCGGUGCCACUCGUUCUUGCUCCGUUCCUUUACGGCACGACGACGGCGACGGCGGCGACGGUUGCGGGAGCAGGUGCCAGUGAAACGGAUGCGGAGGCCGAAACGACGACGGCCAGCAACAGCAACAGCUCCAGUUCCGAGGCGGAUGCUCUAAACGAGGUGGGAAUUGAGGAUAUCUAUGACCAUUUAAGCGAGAUAAUAUUUACAAACCAGGGGAAAAAUAAUAUUAUGGACACAUCCUGGAUUAAUUUAAUCCAUGAAAUCGGUUACGAAUUUACAUCGAGCGUUGAAGAGUGCAAGAAUCAUUUGUGUUCCCGCGAACGAGAACGCGCUGAAGUUCAGGCCAAAGAUGUCGCCAAGAUUGUGGGUCUUAUGUGUCGGCGGCACUCAUCGCUGCUCGAUUGUAAUGUAAACCUACCAACGCCAGCUAAUUUCUGGCCAGGCCAGGCUCAAGGACAGAGUCAGGGUGGACAGGGAGCUGCCAGUAAUAGUAGCGGAUCCUCGACCCAGACCCAGAGCUCUACUCAACAACAACAGCAACAGCAGGGCACCGGCAACAGUAACAACAACGAUGGCGCCGAAGGCAAUACGUCAAGUGAUAAAAAGGACAAAAAGGAGACGACGGAAGCAACACAAACAUGGAAGCCGGAUGUCUUUGUGCAGGCCCUCAAGGAGGUGGUGCCGCAGAUCAACUGGAAGGACGUGUGUCUGGAACUCGACCAUCCAGAGUUUGUGCUGAAAGAUCGCAUUGGUUUGGAUCUCCUUCUGACUAUCCUGAGGUUGGCUACUGGUUCCAGUUUGUUCCCACAUCCAGAAUGCAUUUACCGCCACUGGGCGAACACGGAGGGGCAGCUGUCGCUGAUAACAACCAUGCUCAAGAAUCCGGAUCUCUUCUCUUUCUCCGACUUUGUGUUCAGCCAGCCAGCUCUGGACGUCCUCAAGACUGCCCCGGAUGCGGAAAACAAGGAGAUAUCCGCGUGGAAGUCCCUGCAUCUCGUAGAGGUGUUGCUGUCGAUUGCGGACAAGGGAUACUACACCCAAGUGCAUGAGAUUUUUAAGUUUCCCGCUCAGAACUGUCCGGAUGUGCUGUUUCUGGCCUUGCUGCACAUUAACCCUCCGCUAUCGCCGUUGCGACUGGAUCUGUUUAACCAGCUGAUACCCACGUUUCUGGGCAAUCAUCCGAACUCGAACGUCAUACUGGCCAGCGCGUGGAGCUCCACCAACUUCCAGCUCCGGCCGAACAUCAUGAACGCCAUGUCCGAGUGGUACCUGAGGGGCAACGACUUCGACCAGGUGAAGCUGUCGCGGAUCCUAGACCUGGCCCAGGACUUGAAGGCGUUAUCCUCUUUGCUUAACGCUCGAUCCUUCCUGUUCAUCAUCGACCUGGCAUGCCUUGCCUCCCGGCGGGAGUACCUGAAGCUGGAGAAAUGGCUAACCGACAAGAUUAGAGACCACGGCGAGCCGUUUAUGCAGGCCAUGAUCAAGGUGCUGCUCCGGCGCUGUCCGCAGGUGGCCAACGCCAAAGUACCCGAGGACCAGCUGCCCCCUAAACAGGCUCAGCUCUUGCCCGAGACGGUCACCACGAUGAUCAACUGCCUGCAGACGUGCAUCAACAACUGCAUGCAGCCGGAGAUGGUCGAAAUGAUUAUGCAGAUGACGGCGAACGUCGCCAUAAUGGCCAAUAAGGCUCGUGCCCAGCAGCAACCGGGACUAGUUCCACCGCCCCCGCCGAAUAUGUUGCGUGGCCAUCGUGGCAUGGAUUUGUCAGGCGGUAUUGUGCCCCCGCCGCCGCAACAGCCUUUCUCCGGGAACCUUAACGCCCAGAUGUUCGCUCCUGGCAUGGAUCCGCUCACGAACAUGUCCAACAACCUGGCCGGGCUUAAUCUGAGUGGCCCGAACGGGGGAUUUAACUUCGGCAACAUGCUAACUUCGCCAUCACGAUUGAUGAAUCCGGGAGCCAGUCCUUAUCCGCUGAAUCCCAUGCAGAUGCCGCAGGCUCCGCCGCCACCCAAUGUCGGCAAUUUGGGCAGGAUGCUGCCAGGUGGCCCCCAACAACCGACUCCCACGCCCACGCCAACGGCCCCGAAUCCCACCAACCCGGUCAUGGCCGAUCUUCAGAUACCUGUGUCCAAGGAGGUGGAGGAUGAGGUGAACUCGUACUUCCAACGCAUUUACAACCACCAGCCGAAUCCCACGCUCUCCAUCGACGAGGUCCUGGACAUUCUGCAGCGGUUCAAGGAGUCGAGCAACCGCCGUGAACAGGAGGUAUUCCUGUGCAUGCUGCGUAAUCUGUUCGAGGAGUACCGCUUCUUCUGUCAGUAUCCUGAGAAGGAGCUGCAGAUAACGGCACAGCUCUUUGGCGGCAUCAUCGACCGGAAUCUGGUGCCCACUUUCGUAGCCCUUGGCCUGUCCCUGCGCUGUGUUUUGGAUGCACUUCGGAAACCGGAGGGCAAUAAGCUCUUCUACUUUGGCAUCACGGCGCUGGACCGUUUCAGGACUCGACUCCAUACCUACAACAAGUACUGUGAGCAUAUCCGUUCGAUUCCCCACUUCUCGGACUUCCCGCCACAUCUCAUCCAGUAUGUGGAGUACGGAAUGCACGGUCAGGAGCCGCCGGCGCAGAAGCUGAUUGGACUGAGCAACACGAUCCCAUCCGCAAUUUCAUCAGGACCGCCCACGGAGGCACUUUUCCGAGCUAAUUCAAUGGCAGGUAACGUGCCUGGUGGCACUCUCGGAUCGGGCUCCAAAUCAGCCGUUGCUGUGUCGCAUGCCACGCGGAUGAAGUCUAUCGCCAAUGCCACCAACAUCGACACUCUGCUAGUGGCCAACCAGGAGGAGAAGGUCACAGUGCCGCCAGAGCCAGUUCAGGACAAAACAGCCUUCAUCUUCAACAAUCUGAGCCAGCUGAACAUCCCGCAGAAGUGCGAGGAGAUCAAGGAGAUAAUGACCAAGGAGUACUGGCCAUGGCUGGCCCAGUACUUGGUCCUCAAGCGUGCCUCCAUGGAGUUUAACUUCCACACCCUGUACUACAAUUUCCUGGACGCUCUCAAGAACGGCGAGAUCAACCGAUUCGUGACCAAAGAGACGCUGCGCAACAUCAAGGUCCUUCUGCGCUCCGACAAGGGAGUCAUCAACUUCUCCGAUCGCAGUCUGCUGAAGAAUCUGGGCCACUGGCUGGGCAUGAUGACCCUGGGACGGAAUCGCCCAAUCCUCCAGCUGGAUCUCGAUCUAAAGUCCCUUUUGGCGGAGGCCUAUCAUAAAGGACAGCAGGAGCUGUUGUUCGUGGUACCGUUCGUGGCGAAGAUCCUCGAGUCGUCCGCCAAGUCGCGCAUUUUCCGCUCGCCCAAUCCCUGGACCAUGGGUAUCAUGUACGUAUUGGGCGAACUCCACCAGGAGCCGGAGCUCAAGCUGAAUCUGAAGUUCGAGAUCGAGGUACUGUGCAAGACGCUCAACCUGGAGCUGGCCAAGCUGCGGCCGGUUAUCUACCUGAAGGAUCCAACGCGCGCCCUGCUCAUCGAUCAGCAAAUGUCGCAGCCAAAACCCAAGCAGCCGGAGCCCAUUGCAGCUGCUCCGGCUCUGCCGAGUCAACAGCCAUCGCCGGCACAAGCGCCACAGCAACCGCCACCGCCGCAGCAGCAGCAGGCUCCUCCGCCGCCACCGCCGGCCGAGGUGGACCCGCAGGCAGCAGCCGCCGCCAUGAUGGUGGGAAGUGGAGGCAGUGGAGCAAACAGCACGCCUGGAUCGGUGGCUUCGCCAAAUUUGCCAACAGAUCCCAGCCAAGUGGUUCUCCCGCCGCCCGAGCCGCGCUACUCCUACGUGGACGUCAAUGUGAGCAACUUCCAGCUGAUUGCCCAGCACCUGAUUCUGCCACCCAACAUCCCGUUCCUGCACGCCAAUCCGGGAAUCAAACACAUUGUGAUCAAUGCCGUGGAGCGCACCAUCACCGACUGGCUGCAGCCCGUUGUGGAUCGGAGUAUUCGGAUCGCCUGCGCCACCACCGAGCAGAUCAUCCGCAAGGACUUUGCCCUGGACGCGGAUGAGAACAGAAUGCGCACGGCCGCCCACCAGAUGGUCCGUAACCUGGCCGCCGGCAUGGCCAUGAUCACGGGAAAGGAUGAGAUCGCGCGGGCCAUCAGCCAGAACCUGCACAAGGCAUUCGUGUCGUCGCUGUCCGGCAUGCCCAGCCUGACCGAAAUCCAGGCCGCUGCCAUGCAGCUGGCCAACGAGAAUGUGGAGCUGGUGUGUGCCUUCAUUCAGAAGACUUCCGCCGAGAAGGCUGCCGCCGAGAUCGAUCGGCGAUUGAGCACUGACUUUGAGACCAGGAAGAUUGCUCGCGAGGAGGGUAACCGGUUUGUGGAUGCCCAGAUCCUCAGCUACCAGCAGGAGCGACUCCCGGAGGCGGUGCGCAUCAAGGUGGGCCCUGCCCCAGCGACUUUGUACGCCGUUUACUCGGAAUUUGCCAGGAGCAUUCCCGGUUUCCAGCAGAUGAGCGAUCGGGACAUUGCUCUCUUCGUACCGAAGCCCCAGGAUCUGCCGCCACCGAAUGUGUUUGCCAAUGACGAGAGCAGCAUGGUGUAUGCCGAGGUGGCCAGCAAGAUGGAGGCCUUCAUGAACACGGCCAUCGGUGUGCCGUCCCUGCAGGUGCAGGCCAGCAAGAUGCACAUGCUCCUCAACGCUCUGAUGUCCACCCGUCGGCAGCGCGACCAAGAGUCGGCCUUCAAUCUCCUGACUCGUGCAGUGGAGGGUCUAACCGAGGGUCUGGUCAACGUGCCGGAGCACAUCGAACAGAUGAAACUCUAUCAGAAUAUUCACCUGCGCAUCCUCAGUCUCCUGCAGAACAGCUUCGGUGCUCCGAAUACGGAGCGGGCUGUCACCAAGUGCUUCUUCGACAUCCGUGAGGAGGUUCGCUACAACGUGGAGGCGGCACGAUCCCUGAUCACAUCGCACUUCGUCAAUCUGAACCAGUUCGAUGGCAUGCUGCGCGACUGCAUGGACAAUGGCAACAACUACGUGGCCAUCUCGUUCGGCAUCGCCCUGCUGGAGCGCCUCAUCAUGGAGGACCGAGCCAUUAACAUCGUUCAGGACAACGAGUUCAUGGCCACCGUGGAACUGCUGGGUCGACUCACCCAGCACAGGCAUCGCUAUCCGGAAUGCAUUGUCAACGCCAUCGAGACGUUGUGGAGCGGUAACUUCAACUCGAGCAGUGACUUCAGUCCGUUUAACGCCAGUGAGCGCUACUUGGCGGGAGCCUCGCACUACAUCCACUCCGGCAUGCAUCAUGUGAGGUCAUGCGACACGGACGACCCGCCGGGACUGCAAGAGAAGACAGAGUUCCUGCUCAAGGACUGGGUGGCGCUGUAUACCCAGCAGAACCAGCAAUCCACCCGUGAUGCCCGCAACUUUGGCGCCUUUGUCCAAAAGAUGAACACCUACGGCAUCCUGAAAACGGACGAUCUGAUCACGCGCUUCUUCCGCCAAGCCACGCACAUCUGCACGGAUGUUGUCUAUCGGAUGUUCGCGGAGCCCAAUCUCCAACUUAACCAGGCCAAGAACAAGAUAUUCCAAUGGAUCGAUGCGUUCGUCCACCUCAUCGCCAUGCUUGUCCGGCAUUCGGGCGAGGCGGGUAAUCCGACCACCAAGAUCAACCUGCUGAACAAAGUGCUGGGCAUCGUACUGGGCACACUGCUGAAGGAUCAAGAGAUGCGCGGCACCAGCUUCCAGCAGGUGGGCUACCACCGGUUCUUCAUGAUGCUCUUCAUGGAACUCUGCUCUGCGGACAUGAUCCUCGAGUCGCUGAUGCACAGCAUUGUGUCGGCCUUCGCCUACACCUAUCAUCUCUUAAAUCCGAGCGUGGCGCCCGGCUUCUGUUUUGCGUGGCUGGAGCUUAUCUCCCAUCGGGUGUUUUUGGGACGCAUACUAGUUCAGAUUCCCGGCCAGAAGGGAUGGCCACUCUACGCCCAGUUGCUGCAGGAUCUCUUCAAAUAUCUGGCACCAUUCCUGCGCAACACAGAGCUCGGAAAACCGGUUCAACUCCUGUACAAGGGAACACUGCGUGUACUGCUAGUGCUGCUGCAUGAUUUCCCCGAGUUCCUGUGCGAUUAUCAUUUUGGAUUCUGUGACACCAUACCGCCAAACUGUGUCCAAAUGCGUAACAUUAUACUGUCGGCGUUUCCGCGUAACAUGCGACUGCCGGAUCCGUUUACGCCCAACCUAAAGGUGGACAUGCUAUCGGACAGCAGCAACGCACCCAAGGUGUCUAGCAGCUAUAUCAUGAACAUACAGCCGCCGAACUUUAAGAAGGAUCUCGACUCUUACCUGAAGGCUCGGGCACCGGUAACCUUCCUUUCGGAAUUGCGCGGACACUUGCAGGUGACCAGCGAGCCAGGUACACGCUACAACAUGACGCUCAUGAAUGCCCUCGUUAUGUAUGUGGGUACACAAGCAAUUGCGUUAAUCAGAAACAAAAACUUUGUGCCCAACACCUCAAACAUUGCACACAGCGCUCACAUGGACAUUUUCCAGAACUUGGCCGUAGACUUGGAUACUGAAGGUCGCUAUCUCUUCCUGAAUGCAAUUGCCAAUCAGUUGCGCUAUCCCAACAGCCAUACGCACUAUUUUAGCUGUGCGGUAUUGCAUCUGUUCGCCGAGGCCAACUCGGAGGCGAUUCAGGAGCAGAUUACGCGUGUCCUGCUCGAACGUUUGAUCGUGAACCGGCCCCAUCCGUGGGGUCUGCUCAUCACGUUCAUCGAGCUGAUUAAGAAUCCCAUUUACAAGUUCUGGGACCAUGAUUUUGUGCACUGCGCGCCAGAGAUAACCAAGCUUUUCGAGUCGGUUGCCCGAUCCUGUCUGGCCAAAUCGAAUCCCCCGCAGCAACUGAACAUGGCGCCCGUUGUCGAUGGCGAGGGCCAGGAGGUAGCCAACAUCAACUGAGAAAACGCCACCGUCCGACGCUUCUGCCUGGAGGUCUGUGCCCGACCCAGACGCAGGCAGCAGUAGCCUGGCCACCCCGCCACCCGCCACAUCGCGCAACACACCACAACACAACAUACCCUACCCCCCUUCUUCGAUAAGCUCUACUAUCCAAUUACCGUGCUUAGUUUUUAGAAAAAAAAAAAUCAUUUUUUUUAAGAAGACAGUGAAAAAAAUCAUCAGAUACAUCAAAGAGACACGAAACAUUAUAGAAUAUAUAACAACAGCAGGCUAGGCCAACACUGCUGUGGUAAAAAACAAAAAAAAAACCUAAAUUCGACUUGUAUUUAAACGAACACGAAACGAUAACAUUUUAAAUGCCCUCCCACGUGAUUGUGGAAUGUUACAAAUUUUUAAAUGCGUUGUAUUAUAAAUGGUAGAUUGAAAAAAAACACAAAAAACUUAAAAAAAAAACAAACAAAAAAACUGUUGAUGACAGCUACUGUGUAAAGAGAAAUCAAAGAGAAAAAAAAUGAUAAAAAACAAUCCAAAAACGAAAAAUUUAUGAAAAAAAUGAAAAUUAAAAAAAAAAAGAGAAAAAGUUAUUUUCUAACAAAAAAAAUGGAAAAAUGUAUAUUGAAAAAUGCGAAAAAACUAACAAAAUACAAAUGCGAUGUAAAUAUGUAGAUUGUUGUUGCUACAAAAUAUCUAAGGGCUUAUAGAAGGAUGGAAAGGAAGGAAGGAAGGAAGGAUGAAGGAGGAAGUAGCAUCAACAACAGCCACAUAUAUAAAAAAUAAAUAAAAAUGUGUUUAAAAAAUUUACGAAAGAGUCCAGCACGAAGGAAGAUGAGAUAGGAGUGGAGAGGAGAGUGUAUAGACGAUGAAGAAAUAUGAAGCGUUUUGAAGUCCUCAAAAGUCAAUAAAUAAUUCAAGUUGUCAAAGUAGCUUACCUCCCUAAUUAAAAUACGAUGUAUAAUUUGCAAAUUCUUUAUCUCUAAGAGUCCCCCAAUCCCCCAACAGUCUUCUCGUAUACGUUAAUUUUUAAAAUGUUUCCGCACAACAACAACAACAACUGUAAGAGUUAGUAACAACAACCAACCAACUAAACUAAACUUAACUAAACCACUGUUUGAUCUUAUAUGCAAAUGUAUGCGCCACUUUUUUGUUUAUUUUUACUUAAAUAUUUUUACGAACUGAUUGAUUAUUAACAUGAACAUGAAUUUUUGCAUUAAAACAAAAACAUAAAAACAUCCUUUAGCUUGUUAAACGUAUAAUUGAUCCUCCAAAUGUAAAGAUAAAGAUAAAGAUAAAGAUAAAGAUAAAGAUAAAGAUAAAAAAGCUGUUAGAAUCAGAAAGAGUUCAAGUCGCGGCAGUUAUCUAUAUAGAUCUAUAUAUAAUUAUAUAAAAUUAUAUUUCUAAAUAUAAAUACGUAAUGUAUAAAUCGA